UAUGCUUCCUCUCAAAAUCUGACAAAACUAAACUGAUGUCACUCUAACUGCAUGUGUCGGACUAUGGAUCUUCUCCUCUACCAUCCUCUCAAGUCCGCCAUGUUUACCCAAUCUUUCCCCUCAAUUUCUCCCACCAGAAGCAAACCCUUCAUUAAGUGGAAGUCAAGAAUAUUACUUUGUCGCUGCUCUUCAUCUCCGGAGGCCACAAUCAAAACCUUGUCUUUGCAGAAUGAGGGAAGAAGGGCCUUAAUGGGCUGCGUUUUAGCAGCUGCUGCUAGCAUUUAUCUCUGUGAUGUGGCCAGUGCUGUUAGCACAAGUAGAAGAGCUCUUCGAGGUGCAAAAAUACCUGAGAGUGAUUAUACAACUCUUCCUAAUGGUCUCAAGUACUAUGAUCUAAAGAUUGGUUCUGGAGCUGAAGCUGUGAAGGGAUCUAGAGUUGCAGUCCACUAUGUUGCUAAAUGGAGAGGCAUUACAUUUAUGACAAGCAGACAAGGAAUGGGCGUUGGAGGUGGAACGCCUUACGGAUUUGAUGUGGGCCAAUCAGAGCGAGGGACAGUCCUUAAAGGAUUAGACCUUGGUGUUCAAGGCAUGAGAGUGGGAGGACAGCGCUUACUGAUAGUCCCUCCUAAUCUAGCUUACGGAAACAAAGGGGUUCAGGAGAUCCCUCCAAAUGCAACUAUCGAGUUGGAUGUGGAACUGCUGUCAAUCAAACAGAGCCCAUUCGGGACUGCUGUUAAAGUCAUAGAAGGAUAACUGCACUGUGAUUUAGUCUCCAAACAUCUUUCUUUCUGUCUGUCUGGUUGGUUUAGUAUAGAAACCCACAAUUUGUUGUAAAAAAGUUAAUAAGAAUUACUUCAAGUUUGCAAAUAUAUUUUGACUCUUGUUUUCACGCCUC